UCAUACGUCAGAUCCUGAGGAAAAGUAACAGCUGACUGUGCAGAGAGGUUUCAUAUCCAGAAAUAGUUUUGUAAAUCCUUCGUGUUUAGAUUAUUGUUUGUUUUAGUGUUUUAUUGUCUGUUUCUUGUUAAACUCGUUUCUUUUAAUUUUCUCGUCGGUCGUGACAAAAGGUAAAUACAACAGGCUGUCGACCAAAAUCCUUUUAAAAAUACGUCUGAUAAAGCAUCGAUAAGCUUUACUUACGGUGAACCUGGACUUAAUAAAACUACAGGUCAACAUAUAAAGGCUUUAAGAGAGCAGCUCUGAUGCCUUCUCAGAAGAGACGCAUACCGGACCGAUGGCUGAACUACUGUCCUGUAGGACGCAGGAUACCAGGGACUCGGUUCAUCGCCUUCAAAGUGCCGUUUAAAGAGUCUCUGAACUGUCAGCUGCCUAAGUCUGACUCCUUCAGUCUGUGGGACCUGCUGGACUCUGUGGAGAGUCAGAACCAGGAGCUGGGUCUGAUCAUCGACCUCACCUUCACCACGAAGUACUACGAACUAACAGACGUUCCGCAGUCCUGCUUUUACACCAAAAUCUUAACACAGGGCCACCGGGUUCCUUCCAAUGCCACCAUCCUGAGCUUUAAACAGGCCGUGAGACGAUUCCUGAAGGAGAACCAGGACAAUGACAAGCUGAUUGGAGUCCACUGCACCCACGGCCUGAACCGCACCGGCUACCUGGUCUGCAGGUACCUGAUCGACGUUGACGGCUUCGACCCGCUGACCGCUCUGGAGCUUUUUAACUCCUGCAGAGGUCAUUGCAUCGAGAGGAAGAACUACCUCCGCGACCUGCAGAGCGCUGCCAAGAGGAGCAAUGACGCCAUCGACCAUCCACAGCAGGCGGCAGCCAGAGGGCUCGCUGUGGAGAGACCGCCACAGACCACCAGACAAGACCAAAGACCGCCACAGACCACCAGACAGGACCAGAGACCGCCACAGGCCACCAGACCAGACCAAAGACCGCCACAGACCACCAGACCAGACCAAAGACCGCCACAGACCACCAGACAGGACCAGAGACCGCCACAGACCACCAGACAAGACCAAAGACCGCCACAGACCACCAGACAGGACCAGAGACCGCCACAGGCCACCAGACCAGACCAAAGACCGCCACAGACCACCAGACAGGACCAGAGACCGCCACAGGCCACCAGACAAGACCAAAGACUGCCACAGACUACCAGACCAGACCAGAGACCGCCACAGACCACCAGACAUGACCAAAGACCGCCACAGACCACCAGACAGAACCAAAGACUGCAACAGACCACCAGACAGGACCAAAGACCGCCACAGACCACCAGACAGGACCAAAGACUGCAACAGACCACCAGACAAGACCAAAGACCGCCACAGACCACCAGACAGGACCAAAGACUGCAACAGACCACCAGACAAGACCAAAGACUGCAUCAGACCACUAGAGAGGAGGGACAGCUGUUUCAGAACAUCACCACCGCUGCUGCUGAACAGGACGGACACGGUUCUGUUUCUGAUCACCAAGAGGCGGCGCCAUCAUUUAGUGAUGAUCCAGCGCAGUCUGAACGACCGGCUGGUAACCGUCGUAGACGCAGAGCUCGACGUCACACAUCUCAGGUCCUGUGUAAUACAUCCUCCCCUCAUCACCUGACCCCAAAGCCCCGCCUCCAGGUGACUGAAACAGCUGCUCUGAUUAUUGAUCGAUGAUCUACUGUGAUCUUUCUCAUUGUUUCCUGCAUUAGAAACAUGACAGCUGUUGAUUAGGAGUCAGAUUCUGGAACAAAGCAGAACUUUUCCAUUAAUAUAUUGACAGAUACACCACAACAUUAUGACUGCUGACAGGUGAAGAGAAUAACAUCAGUCAUCUUGUUAUAAUGCAAUGUCCUGCUGGGAAACCUUGAGUCCUGACAUUCUUGUGGAUGUUUGACAUGUACCACCCUCCUAAACAUUGCAGGUCAAGUAACCCCCCAUGGUAACAGCAGUCCCUGAUGCCAGUUGUCACCCUCAGCAGGACAAUGUACCCCGAGACACCACAAAGAGAUGUAGAGAUGAUGGAUGGAGAUUUGAUCUGUAAUAUUUCUGUUCAGCUGUCAAAGUUUAAAGCUUUUUGUCUGAUGAGCUCGGAAUAAAAAAUGAAACUUUGUGUUUUGAGUUUGACUCAAACUCGAUUGUUGUUUUUGAUUGUUUGAUUAAAACUUAGGUUUGUUUCAGACCAACAGGCCAUCAGCUGAUGAAGGUCAUGUGUUGUGAUUAAAAUCUCCAGAAGAGAUACUAAAUGAACCCCUGCUGACUUUCCACAAGUUUCCUUUAACAGAGAGCUGCUCCAGUCUGCUCCCACUUCUCUGCUCGGCUGGUUUUCUUUUUGAGGAUCAUAAAAAAUGUUUCAGUGAAAAUGUGAAUUCAUGUAGAAAAGAUUAAAAUGUUAAUGUUGAGUAAAUGUUUUUAUGUCAGACGUCAACAUGGAAAUGCAACCCAGCAACAACCAACCACAGAAAAUUAUCACAGAAUAAAGCCAGUUUAUUGUCAA